AUGGCAUCCAACAACUUCAUCCUCACAACCGAAGCUCACUCCGAAGCCCUACCAAACUUCCAUUUCUCAACUCAGGCCGUUCACGCAGAUGACUUUGUCAGUCCUCACCGGGCCAUCGCCCCGGCUAUGCACUCCGCUGUGAACUACCGCUAUGCCCGCAAUCCUGAUGAUCUCGUUGAGAUGGAAAACGACGACCCAAAUGCUCCAUUUGAUUCACACGUCUACUCUCGCUACACAGCCCCCAACUACAACAGACUUGAAAUCGUCCUCAAGACGCUGUUCAAGAACCCCGUUGUAUCAUACUCCUGCGGCGUCGCAGCUUUUCACUCAAUGCUGGUCGCCAUCAAUCCUAAGAAAGUCUUCAUUUCCGACGGUUAUCAUGGUGUCCACGCUGUCAUUGAGCUCAUGACUAAGCUCAACGGCCUGAAGAAGCUUUCGCUUGAUGAUCUAGAUCAAGCAGGGCCAGGGGAUAUGAUCCAUAUCGAAACACCGCUGAACCCAACAGGCGAAGCGAGAAACCUUGCAUUCUUUAGUGAGAAGGCCAAAGAGACCGGGGCAUUGCUUACGGUUGAUGCUACGCUUGCACCGCCGCCUUUGCAGGAUCCGAUUCAGUUCGGAGCGGAUUUGGUUAUGCAUAGUGGGACGAAGUAUAUCGGAGGACACUCUGAUAUGCUCUGUGGUAUCGUCAUCGUUUCUCCGCAGCAGGUUAAAUCCGGGUUGGAGCAGACAUUGAGAGAUGAGCGAAUGGUGUUAGGAAAUGUCAUGGGAAGUUUGGAAGGUUGGCUGGGCAUUCGAUCACUACGGACUCUUCACCUACGAGUGAUGCGUCAGUCGCAAACCGCCGAAGCACUCGUAUCAUGGCUCAACGCCGGUCUUUCAGACUCUUCAUCCGUCAUCGGCCGUAUAGUCCACAAGAUCUCACACUCGUCUAUCCAACAAGAUGCGGAGUGGUUGAAGGGACAAAUGCCAGGUGGUCACAGCCCCGUGUUCAGUCUAUGGCUGAAGAAACCAGAGCAUGCGAAGCGUUUACCGAGCAAGCUGUUCAUCUUUCAACAUGCGACUAGCUUGGGUGGUGUUGAGAGUUUGUGUGAGUGGCGUGCUAUGUCGAGCCGUGGUGAGGAUCAGAGGAUGUUGAGGAUCAGUACUGGAGUGGAGGACUUGGGGGAUCUAAAGGGAGAUUUGAUGCAGGCUUUUGAGGCUUUGUUGGCAGAGUUUCCAUGA